AUGGCCCGACAAUGGAUUCUGACAGCUCAAGAUGGGUUCAAAACUUCGCUACAAUAUCAGGAAAACAUCAGUGUGCCUUCACCCAACGAAUUAGGCCCUCGCGAUGUUCUAGUACGAAUCUAUGCAGCUAGUCUGAAUUAUCGCGAAUUAGAGAUUGCCAGACCGUCUCUCAUCGGGAACAUCGCACUCCCGAUAAUUCCAGGAUGUGAUGGCGCUGGUAUAGUUGAGGCUGUGGGAUCCGAUGUCCAAGACUUCCGACCAGGCGAUAAAGUCGUCACUCACGUUUCACCAAAACAUGUAGAGGCUCAUGGCGACGAUGCCCCGGUUGGUCUUUCUGGUGCUCUCGAUUCCCUCGGACUAGGAACGAACGGCACAUUGAGAUCCCUAGGUGUAUUCAGCGAAUAUGGACUCGUGCAUGGUCCGAAAUCUCUGUCUUUGGAACAGACUAGCACUUUAACCUGUACCUGGCUCACAGCUUGGAACGCCCUGUUCGGACUAGAGAGUAAAAAGCCUGGACCUGGAUCAUUUGUUCUUAUACAGGGAACAGGAGGAGUCAGUAUCGCUGCACUUCAAAUCGCUGUUGCAGUUGGCGCGACGGUUGUUGCUACUUCGUCGACUGCAGAGAAACAAGCACGUCUCAAGGAACUAGGCGCGACUCAUGUGCUAGAUUAUCGCACCAGUCCCAAGUGGGGCGAAGAGGCUCGAAAACUCACACCGGGAGACAGAGGGUUCGAUAUUAUUCUUGAUGUUGCUGGUAACGAGUCUUUGCCUCAUUCACUGGCUGUUGUGCGUGUUGAGGGUGUUAUUGUCGUUAUCGGACAUGUUGGAGCUGAAGUUGAGGUUGUCCCUCUUUUUUCUGUUUUGCUGCACACGUGUAUUGUCCGUGGUAUACUUGGUGGUACCCGUACUCAAUUUAGGGAGAUGAUUCGCUUUAUUGAUGAGAGGAAGAUUGUGCCUGUGAUUGAUGAUGUGGUGUUUGAGUUGUCGGAGGCUAAGGAGGCUUACGCUUUUCUUGAAGAGAAGAAGCAUUUUAGCAAGAUUGUUAUUCGGAUUGAUCAUUCUGCAGCUAGUGCUUAG